GCAGCCGCCUCACACGGGCCGGGCAGCGCCAUGGUCACGCACCCGCUGAGCCACGAGCGCCCGGGCCGGCCGCGCAGCCCCCCCAGCAAACGGCGGCGGGCGGCGGGCGCGACCCCCGAGGAGCGGGCUCAGCCCCUCUGCCGCGACCUCGGCCUCCGGGCGCCGGUGAAGAAGAGCAAGUGCCCGAGCUGCCCGCGGGAGCUGCCGCUGCAGGGCGACGCCUCGGGGCUCAGCCCCCCCGGCAGCCCCGAGCCCGCCGCCCGGGUAGAGCUGCAGGCCUUCCGCGACUACGGGGCCAGCUGGUACCGCUUCCGAAAGGGGCUGGAGGGCAAGUUCCACCCGCGCGAGCCCCUGGCCCAGCAGCCGCAGGUGACGGCGGAGGCCCGGUGUAAGCUGAUCAGCUGGCUGAUCCCGGUGCACCGGCACUUCGGCUUCUCCUUCGAGUCCCUGUGCCUGGCAGUGAAUACCCUGGACCGAUUCCUCACCACCACCCCAGUGGCUGCCGACUGCUUCCAGCUGCUGGGAGUCACUUCCCUCUUCAUCGCGUGCAAACAGGUGGAAGUGCAUCCGCCCAGAGUGAAGCAGCUCCUAGCUCUUUGCUGCGACGUCUUCUCCCGUCAGCAGCUCUGCAACCUGGAAUGCAUCAUCCUAAGCAAACUACACUUCAACCUGGGGGCACCGACCAUCAACUUCUUCUUGGAGCACUUCACCCACAUGCGUGUGGAGUCCUGCCAGGCAGAUGCCAGGGAGGCAAACAAUGCCAAAGCUCUGGCCAAAGGGAUGGCCGAACUUAGCAUGGCCGACUAUGCUUUUAACAAAUAUGCCCCCUCCCUUCUGGCCAUUUGCUCCCUGGGACUGGCAGACCAGAUGUUGCACCACCAAAACCCACUGGACUUGCAUAUAAGUGGCUACCCGGAGCGGGUUUUACAGGACUGCACGGACAAAUUGCAUUUACUGGUGUCUUUAAACGGAGAUUCUUUACCACAUGUACUACCCCUGGAGAUUUCUGAAAAGUGCCUGCAGCUGGGAAGUUAAGCUAACUGAACCAACACCCUUGAAAUCCUCUUAUGGCAUCCGAAGCAGCUGUGAAUUUUCAGAGCAAUUUGGUUCCUUUUCAUCAGUGCAUUGUAUUUUUAUAAACUAUGAAUUGCUAUACCUCUAAAGAUGACAGUAUUGGCCUCAUUCUCUUAGUUGACUAAAUCAAUGUAUUAUAUUUGUAUUUAUUUGAACUCUACAGUGUUGGUUUUGAUAUAUGACAAAAAUUAAAUCACAUUUUGCACAUUUCAUUACUGUAUGUUAAUUGCACUGACAUGUAUCUACAUUCAUUGUAUAGUGUAUAUAAUCCAAGUACUGUACAGUUUAAUUAUUUAGAAAAUGGUUCACUAAGCACACCUUAGCAGCAGCCAGGGGAAGAAUAAAAGUACUGUAUAAGCAUUUCUUAAUAAACUUUUUGUCCUUGUU